AUGUUAAGGAAGGCAGCAUUAUAGUCAUAUAUGACUCACAUAUAUUGCUAUCAGGAUAGUUUAUGGAACUGCAUUCACAAAUCGAUCAUUUAAGAUUGCUGGGAUGUACAAUAUUUUAAUCAAUCUAUAAAUUUUUCACACACAUACUUAACUGUCUUGAAAGAGUUCUAUAAUUAAGACAUAAUAUGUAACAUCCUCAGAAGUUUCAAUGGUCUGAAAAGCUUGAAUUAUGGGCAACUCAUAUUAUCAGCAAUUCGUAGAUAGCCUGCACAUUAUAUAAAGUAUUCCAAAAGGAACUUCGAUCGAACAUAUUGCAAUUUAGGAGUUAAAGAGCUGCUGAAUCUAUCUUAGAGAAUAGAAGAAGUAUAUUUAGUUGAAGCAAAGGGUGCAUCAUAAAUAAUGAAUUAGUUAAUGAAUUAAUAUGUUGUGAAUGAGAAAUUUAAUGGAAAGCUGCAAUUAGAUUUUUUUUAGAAAAAUUUAAGAUGUUAAAACAGCACUGAUACAAAGUUUCCAAGCGCUAUUAUAAAUAUCAAUUCCAGUGCCUGA